AUUAGUAGACUCUGUCUGUCAGCAGGUACAGCAGCCUUACUCACCUUCCCCCAGCCUCCUGGGCAGAGCAGGUGUUGCAGUUUCUCUGAGCAAAAUAGGGAAGCACGAUUUCUGCCUUGAGACCUGUGUAAAGAGGCGUAGAUAUAGACGCUCCCAGCCUCUAGAUGGAGCCCUCAGACAUCCCAGAGUCUGUCACUCCUGUGGAUUAUGAUCCUGACAGCUUUCUGUGCGAGCCGCAGACCUCUACCUUUGCUGUCUUUAACACCACCAUCCUGCACUCGCUGGUGUUCCUCCUCAGCCUGGUGGGCAACAGCUUGGUGCUGUGGGUCCUGGUGAAGUACGAGAGCCUGGACUCCCUCACCAAUGUUUUCAUCCUCAACCUGUGCCUCUCAGACCUGGUGUUCGCCUGCCUGUUGCCUCUGUGGACCUUGGGGUACCACUGGGGCUGGGUGCUGGGAGAUUUCUUCUGCAAACUCUCCAACAUGAUGUUCUCCACCAGCCUCUUUAGCAGCAUCUUCUUCCUGACAAUCAUGACCAUGCUCCGCUACCAGUCUGUGGUGACCCCCCUUUCGUCCCUGCGGGUCCACACCCUCCGAUGUCGUGUGCUGGUGACCACAGCUGUGUGGGUAGCCAGCAUCCUGUCCUCUGUCCCUGAUACCAUGUUCCACAAAGUGUUCAAUGAUCUAGAAACGUCAAGGUGUGAUUAUGCCGAAAUCAAGUGGUUCCUAGCCUCGGCCUACCAGCACAUCAUCUUCUUCCUGCUCUCCAUGGGGGUCAUCCUGUUCUGCUACGUGGAGAUUCUCAGGACCCUGUUCCGCUCCCGGUCCAAGCGGCACCACCGGACAGUCAGGCUCAUCCUCACCAUUGUGCUGGCACACUUCAUCAGCUGGGCUCCCUACAACCUGGUCCUGUUUCUGCAGGCACUGCAGAAACAGAACGUCAUUCAGAGCUGCACGGUCAUCGAGAAGCUGCAUUAUGCCUUGCUCAUCUGCCGCAACUUCGCCUUCUCCCACUGCUGCUUCAACCCAGUGCUCUAUGUCUUCGUGGGCGUCAAGUUCCGCAGACACCUCAAAAGUCUGCUCCAGAACUUCUGGCUCUGCCAAUCACAGGCACCCAGCCCUUCCUCACCGCCUCACUCCCCACGUGCCUUCCACUCUGAGGGUGCCUCCUUCUAUUAAAAGAGGGUGGUGCUGCAGGUUGAGGUGGACAGAGGAGCCGGGGUGGGAGCAAAGAGGGGGGGUGCAGAAAGGAGCACUGCAGAAGGCACAGCACUGGCGAUGCUACCAGCUGUAGGGGUGGGGGCGAAAGGACUACAUCACGCCGGGCUGCCCCACACACCCCUGCUUCUGCAGAAAAGUGGCUCAUGCCCGGAAAUUUUAUGUGGCCCUUAAGAAAAACAUUUCUUGGAUUCUGAGCUUAUUGUUCAUUCUUUCAUUGAUGCAUUCAUAUAGACCUGUAUUUCUUAUCAUUGCUGAGUUCAGAAGGUUCUUAAAUGAAUCUAAACCAUGAAAGGCUUCCCUGAAAGGAACCUUCUUCAAGACCUGAUGAGGGGCUGAAGCUCACUAGGAGUGAUAGUUGCGCAAUUGAAGGCUGCCAGCAAGAUGGUCUCCGCCAUUCCUGACUGUAGGGUUGUCCCAGCUGAUUUUGGAGAGCACGGGUUCUGUAUUCCUCUGUGGCAACUGGAUGAGACUGUCUGCGGGACAGAAAGUAACCCUAGUCUCAAAUAAGCACAGUCAGAACGAAGUCUGGAACCUAAAAGCCCACAGCUGGACUGGAGGUGUGUUCUGUAUCCCAAUGCCCAUUUCUAGCACAUGAACUGGCUUUGCACGUUUAGUCCAUAAGUCUUUUAUUGAAAUAAAUGAAUGCGAUAGAGACUGUCUUCUGCAGGAAGCAUGUGUUUGGAGGAGAUAAAGAUAAACAAGGUAGAGCUGCUACCCACCAGGUGCCAACGGUGCAGCUCCAAAGGCCCAGAUAAGUAAGCACCCACCUCGGCGAAGGCACCUAAGGUGCAGAUGCCUCCAACAUCUCACUCUCUCCAGCUGGAUGUUGAACAGACUCUUUGGAUUCACCACUUUCCACCUGAAAUGUUCUCCUCCUGCUUGAUGGCACCAGCUGCCACUCCAGUCACUCACCCUCCAAACCCGAGUCAUCUUCAAGCCCUGCUGUCCUCUCCUGUCACUCCCAUGGCCAAGUUCCAUUGACUCUGCCUCCCCAAGGUCUCUCAGAGUUGUUCUUUCCAUUGUGUGCCCACAGAUUCAUCCCCAGAUGGCCUCACUUCCUCGGCGUCUUCCUGCAGUUCAUCUCUUUCCCCACCAGUGUCCUCUGCAUUGAAAUCAGGGUGCUCAAAACCCUUCCUGGCUCCUUAUCACACAGAAAUAAAGCCAAACACCUUAGCAAGUGCUCCAAGGCCCCUACAGUCCAGUGCCAACUGACUUUGCCAUUCUCAUUCCACCCUAAGUCCCCACCCCUAGUAGCUUGGGAUCCAACCCCAAAAGACCACGGACCCUUUUCCGGACAUCCUUCUCCCAAUUUCCUUUGGGCCUCUGUCAUGCUGUCACCGGGGCCUGCACACUUGUCCUUCUGCUCCCUAAUGUACAAACCCCAGCUCCCUCAGAAAGCCCUCCUCAAUCUUCAGAUCAGGAGAGCAUUCUCUGGGCUGGCGUGGCACUCUGCUUGUCCCCUCAGAAAUAUUAUUUGUCCUUUCUACCCCAUGUCAUAGUUAUGGCUUAUGUCCCUUCCCCAGGAGACUGCAAACUGCCUGAGGUCAGGAACUUGGUCCUAUGCCCUGCCAAGCAGGGACCCUGAUGCUCUGUCCAGUGUACUAAGUGGGAACAAAGAAUGACAGCUGUCACUCUGCUUCUAAUUUGUGCUUUUUGGGGAGAUGUGCCCUGGGGCACUUUCUGCUUCCUUUCCCCAGGCCUCUUCUCUAUAGAUAUUAACCUUUCUUUCCUAGUCUACACUCAGAAUACAUUGCUUAAUCUUUUCUGUGGCAAUGACUGUACUUGACCUUGCUUUUUAGUUCAUGGUACACAUGCCUGUCUCUCACAUGGUUCCAUAGCUUCACAUCCAAGGGCAGAGGUGAAAGCCACCCUCUAAAUGUUCCGACACACACAGAUCUGGUCCCGAUCUGUCAGCCUGAUUCAGCUCCGCAGUGAAACCUUUGGAAAAGCUCCCCAGAUGACCUGACCCAGACGUGCACCCUGGGCGGAAACAUUUGUCUGCAACUCCUUAAAAGUGGGAGUUCCAGGAUCUUCCACAGAUCCUUGAGCAGGACUUUGCACGGAGUCGCUGUGGCACUCAAUGUAUGCUUGUUGAAUAAAGUAGCUACGAAGACUGCCCUGGGCUGGAGCCUAGAGAGCUUGUAUGGCGUUUUCUCCUCCAUUUCCAGCUACAAUUUCAAUGAUCCAGUUGCCACUGGAUGGCUGGCCCUGGAGGAGUUUGACCUUGCUGGGGAAGAAUGAGGGUCUAAUUUUAAGAAUUAGGUCAGUAACACCUGCUGGAGAGGGCUGGGCAGUGAACCAGAGAAGGGACUAGCUAACCAGCAGAUGGGGCCGUCACUCACCACGGAUGGAAGAAACAGCAAAAGGAAGGAGACAGCGAGAUGAUUUCAGGGUCAGAGCUAAAUACAAUCAUGUUCAUCUCUCUACACUCCUAGUGAUGUUUUGGCACUCCCAAUAGAACGGCUCUCAGAGGACUCUUUAACCAAGAGUCCUCUCCUAAUCCAGCUCCUGGAGAAUCCAAGGGGAGAGGCAUGGAGACAGAGAGGUCUAAACGGGAAGAUAGAGGGACAUCCUGUCAGAAAGGGAGCGUGGAUGAGACCAGGGACCACACUCUACAUCUCUGACCACCCCCUCCUGCCGCGGUCCAGCCGCAGCGGGUCGAGGGGUCCCACAGGUGAGGGUAGGCAUCGGUGCUGGGUAACAGACGACAACACGCCUCAAAGGACAGUGAAGCUCUGUUCUAUUUAUUGCAAGUACAAGCAGGUUUUUAUAUUUUCAUUUUAGGUAGUGACUAACAUUUGCAGGUGCAUAGCAGGAUCAGUUAAGAAGAAAAAAUCAAUACAAAGGUAACCAGGAAAAGUAUGAAAGUUCUCAUAGAUUCAGUUAUAAUAAACAAAGAUUAUUUUGACCAGGAGAGCCAUUAAUCAGGCAAUUAGAAGUAGCUGUAAGUACAGAAUUUGAAUGUCUUAAUUGUAUAUUAGUUUCUCAGAAUUUGUCAUGGGGCAAAAGGGUGCGCUAGAUUGAGUAGAGGUAAUAGGAAAUUUAUUAUAAGGCCUUUGUGAUGUCUAAUUGAGCUAUCUAUUCUUUUCUGUCUAAAAUGUUUCUCUGUGUACUAUAAACUGACUCUCUAGUAACUGUUUCUAUGUGUUUAGUUUGUAAUAGUUAACCAGCCCUUUUUUAAUUUCUUUGCCUGUCCAAUUGAUAUAUAUUCUUAUUCGAGGUAAAGGAGGGGCUGUUACUUCAACAACUUCUAAACAUUCAGGGACUAUUUCAUUAGAGGGAACUUUGUUCUCUGAUCAAGAAAUUACUUUGUACAACUUCACUGGAAUUACGCAAAUCAAUGAACCUGAAAUACAGGUGUCUAACAAUUCCACCACCUUUUGAUCACCCAAACAAACAUGUAACUUGUUUUUCUUAUUUCUGGUACACUAUGGCGGUCCUGAUUGCUUUAAGUUGCUCAAACCAGGGUAAUUUAUACAACUUGACAUGUUUUCCCUUAUGGUUAACAAUGAUAUUACCCUGGCUGUCGUACUCCCCUGUAUAAGGGAGAGGAGAAUCUGUGGGGAUUUGUCCAUCCUUUCUGGCAGUUCCGUGGGGAAUACUAAUGUUUUCCCCUGAACUGUUCCCUCCUCUUUGGUGAUUUUCACAGAGAUAAGUAAGUACAGUACAAUGUCCAUACUCAGUAGCAAGAGUAAAAUAAUUAAAAUAAAACAGCCAAUUGUUAACUCAUUUUGGAUGCCAUGUUCUCCUCCGGGAGACAGAUUCCUUGAACUCGAGUCCUCCAUGCCCGGACCUUGUCAGACAGCAGAGUUGGAAGAGGGCGUGGCAACCUCCACUCACCAGUCUCCUGCCUUCGCCUCCUUCCACCCGCUGAAACCACUGUCCAACCUCGGCUAGUCCCUUGUGGGACGAUCACUCUCCCAACAGUUGCAAAAUGAUGCCCCAGACCCUGGGCUGCAGACCUACCCUCCUGGAGCCUAAAAAGUCCCCAGCACUACCCAAGGAAGACCCUCAUCACUGCAUUUCCAUCUCCACGUUCUCAAACAAAAGCAAGAGGGGAGCAUCCCUUCUGAUUGCCAAAUAGGGAUGGCCUCCAAGCCCAGGGCAGCCCCCCACCUCCAGUGACCCUGGCCAGAGUGGAACUUCCUUGAGAGCACAAACCGUGUUGCAUGUCUAGAACCUUCCUUGGUGCCCUGAACUAUUUGUGGUUGGUGGAGUAAGUGAAUAGGACAUCUUUUGUUUUGUUUUCUUUUCUACUUCCAUUUCCUCUUCUGAUACUUCGCUUAUAUUACAUCUUCCAGUCAACUCCCGGAACCACCUGUGGGCUUCCCGUAAUUCUCCUCUUGAGCCCACCAGCCCAGACAUGGCCUGGUGUGUUGAAGUCCCGAAGGCUUUCAUUUGGGAAAGCCAACAAAGAGACCCCCAAGUAUGGGAAGCCCAGUAGAACAGAUCCGCAGAUGGCAUGUGAGCCCUGGACCCAGACCCCAAAUCCAAGUUCUUUUACUCGUUCACUGUGACCUUGGGUCUCUCAGAGCCCCAGUGUCCUCAUCUGUUAAACUCUAUAAAUGUCAACAACACAAAGACAGACUCUAACCACACAGUAAAGGUGUGCUUGAAGUCAUGUGUGUAAAAAUACUUGCUUUGUAAAGCGUUCAGCCGCAGACUAACAUGAAUUACUCUUGCGAUCAUCUUAUGAAAACAGAAGGCUUCAUUGUAUCAUAUGCACAAAUAAAUUUCUACCCAAGGUUAUUACAUAAGACUCCUCAAAGUUCUCUAUUUGUAGGGGGGACUGGGUUAGGAUUUGGAGGUGGUGAAAGGAGGGAUACAGAAAAAGCAUUGGGGACAAAGAGUGUGUCAGGAUGCGUCAACAAGCCCCAGGUAUGUCAGGAUGGUGGGAAACUGGCUCCAUUUAGGUCUCAGCAAAAAUGGUCUGAGGCUGAGUCUGCCCUGAGUGCUCCGUGGCUUGGUUUUCUGUUCCAGUCUCUCCUCUGGCCUAACACCCAUGUGCUCUGUCUCCAAGUCCAGUGCUUUUUUUUCUAUUUCACAAUCCAUCUGUGUCUGAACAAGAACCUUCCAGAGAUCAGCCCUCCAACCAGAAGGAAUGAUACUGCUUCCUGCUGGGAAUUUUAGGUGUCCUGAAGAUCUGGUAGGAGAUACUUCACAGGUUGGGGAGGAGUUUGGGAAGGGGAAGUGGGAUUAUCCUAACUCCUCACUAAAUUAUUCUGAGUACAGAGCUCGCCUCUCCAACAUGAAUGGACCGGUCCAAAUUUUAGGUGUGAGUUUGUUGCAGUCACCUUCCAGACAACCUCCCAGUUUCUACAAAAGGAAGUGUGGCAAGAGGGACCACAGGAAGACAAAGAUAGUCCAAUUCCUUGACUUUAACCAUUUCAGAAGAUCAGUCUUGAGCAUCAUUCAUAGUUAGAAGAAAUGGACGACAGAUGGGAUGAUUAGAGGGAUUAGAGGUGAGAGAGGGGCCUGAUAGGAGGAGAUGUAGACCUCUAGGUGGUUCCUGGUCUCAUUUGUGGAGAGCCUGCUCUGUACCAAGCCAGUGUGAAGCCUGUGUUGGGGGGAGGGAGUCAGCAAAGAUGAAUUAACCCUACUCGAAAGUUGGUCGGCCUCUAGUCAUUCCCAUUUGGAGAAAGGUUUCCGUAGGAUUACUCUAGUUUCAGGGAAUUCCUGGCCCUUUUUCCAGAUAAUCUGAAUGAACCCUCUGGACUAAGAGAAAACGACCUGGCCUGACUGUCUACACAACUGGGAAUACACACCUUAAUCUUGUCGCUGAAACUAUUCCAAGGAACUUUGCAAUGAACUAUGGGAGUUUGGGGAAGGAAGUACCCGCCUGUAUCUGUUCACCCCCCACUUUGGUUAUGACUGGUUCAACAAUCUGCCUCUGAUCUCAUCCAAUAGUAAAGAAAAUAUAAGUUAAAAAACAAUAACACCAGACAUUGCUAAUUCUUCAAAAUAUCUUCUGCUUAUUUCAAAAUUAGAGGACCCACAAAUUUUGGUC